CGGGCCGGGAGCUAUUCGAGGGGGGGCAAGCGAAGAGAGAAUAGCCGUCACACGUCGUGCCAUAUCCGCCAUAUCCAGUCCGAUCAGAUCCAUAUCCGAGACGUGUUCCCCUCUUUCUACUUUAGAGCCUUGGCCAAUACGCGAUCUGGCCUAACGACACACGAUACUCCUCUCGCUCCUAGUGUCGUGCGCACGGGAAAAAGAUCCCCACGGCUAAGAGACCUGUCUCAUCUCGCCCGACGCUCCCGGGCAUAACAACACCAACGAUGAGUCUCACUAAUCCUCCAUCUGGGGCUUCAGGCCCAGCGUCCGGCUCUACGAGGAACCUAAAUCUGAAGAGGAGUGUCCAGGCCGCGUUCGAAGAUCCUAAUGAUGGAAGCGGAAAUGUGGGUUAUCAGUCUAAAGUUGGGGUCGUCGCCAAAUACAAGGUUGUUGGAUUCAUCAGCAGUGGUACCUACGGCAGGGUAUACAAAGCUCUUGGCCGGCAAGGCCAACCCGGGGAAUUCGCGAUCAAGAAGUUCAAGCCCGAUAAGGAAGGGGAACAGGUCCAGUACUCGGGCAUAUCCCAAUCUGCCGUGCGGGAGAUGGCGCUCUGCUCCGAGCUCAAACAUGACAAUGUCAUCAGGCUUAUCGAGAUCAUCCUCGAGGAUAAAUGUAUCUUUAUGGUCUUUGAGUACGCCGAGCACGACCUGUUGCAGAUCAUCCAUCACCACACCCAGCAACCGCGGCACAGUAUCCCGCCCUCGACCGUCAAGAGCAUCAUGUUCCAGCUACUAAACGGGUGCCAGUACCUGCACAGCAACUGGGUUCUCCACCGAGAUCUUAAACCCGCCAACAUCAUGGUUACGUCGAGCGGGCAGGUCAAGAUCGGCGACCUUGGCCUGGCCCGACUCUUCUACAAACCGUUGCACUCUCUAUGGAGCGGCGACAAGGUCGUCGUUACGAUAUGGUAUCGGGCGCCGGAGCUACUCCUAGGGAGCCGGCACUACACUCCGGCGAUCGACAUGUGGGCCGUGGGGUGCAUCUUCGCGGAGUUGCUGUCGCUGCGGCCUAUAUUUAAAGGCGAGGAAGCUAAGAUGGACAAGAAAACAGUCCCGUUCCAGCGCAACCAGAUGCAGAAGAUCGUCGAGAUCAUGGGCAUGCCGACGAAGGAGCGCUGGCCGUACUUGACGAGCAUGCCCGAGUAUACCAAUCUUAACUUAUUGAAUGCGCCCGGCCAGCACCCCGGUCACGGUCACCACCACCACCACCAUAAGUCCUCGUCGGCGGCCGCGACGAGCCAUCUCGAGAAGUGGUAUUACACCACCAUCGAUCCACGCUCCUCGUCGUCUCCUGCUUCUAACGCUAGCCUCGCGGCUCUUGGACCUGAGGGGUAUAAGCUACUCGCGGGGCUGCUCGAGUACGAUCCAGAACGGCGGCUAACGGCCGCCCAAGCCCUGCACCAUCCUUUCUUCCAGGCCUCGUCGCCUUCGUCUAGCGGCGGGGGCGGUGGUAGCGCCGGUGUGGGCGUGAGCGCCAGUUGCUUUGAGGGGCUCAAGGUGGCGUACCCACAACGCCGGGUCAGCCAGGACGACAACGACAUUCGGACUGCGAGCCUGCCGGGUACCAAGCGGUCCGGGCUGCCGGACGACAGCAUAGUGCGACCUGUUAAGAGGGUUAAAGAGGCUUGAGCGAGCGGGGAUAAGAGUGGUGGGUGGGCAUGCGCAACCCAAGAUCAGCCGUAGAGAGAAUGGGGUCCAGAAUGACGGCUAGAAGUACAAUGGUAUUGUUUCUCUACUACGGCAAGUAGCGGAAAGAAGGAGGGGGGAUAUCAGUAUCCGAAUGGGGGUUGGAAGAGUACACGGUAUGGGCGUUGCACAGGCGCGGACGGUGAGCGUAUGCAUAUUCGUCACUUCAUUUUCAGGUGCUAGGGGCUAAGGAG